UGUAGAGUGUUGGGGGUUAAACUGCAAAAAGAAGAAACACACCACCGAAGCCGAAGCGCACCGCGAAACCCUCCCCCAAUGGAUCCCAAGGCGGCGGCGAGGUCGAAGCGCUCGCACACGGUGCACGGCCGCCGCACCCACCAGACCCCCGCCGCGGCGGCGGCGCACAAGCAGAAGCGCGCAGCUGCAGCCAGCGGCGGGUCCUCCACCUCCGCCCCUCGCAGCCGCAACCUCCCCUCCAACUGGGACCGCUACGAGUCCGAACCCGAGGCCGAAGACCCCGCAGAAUGGACCGGCGAGGUGGCGCCGCGCAGCAAGGGCGCCGACUUCUCCUACCUGCUCGAGCAGGCGCGGGCCCAGCCCCGCGAGGACCGGGGCCUCGCCGCGGCGGGCCUGCUCGCCUCCCAGGAUUCGUCAUUUGGUUUUAUGCAGGCUUCUACCUCUAUGCUUGAAGCUAGAGGGGAAGGGAUUACGUCCUGGUUUGAAGACGAUAAUUUCAUUUUAGAUGAUGACCUGGCACCUGAUUUUGAGGUGCCGUUUCUCUCCAUGGAUCUCCAUGCAUUGGCCACCCAGCUUUCGAAAGUUAAGCUCUAUCAGAGGCUUUUUAUAGAAAAAGAUCUACUGCCUGAAGAUCUGGAUGUUGCUUCUGAAGACGAAGACAAUGAAAUAGUGAUACAAUGUGACACAACGUUGGAGACUGAUGCUAAAGAAAGUUUGGUUCAACAUAACCUGAAGGAUAUAAAGCAUGCGAAAGAAGAAACUACAGCAUCGCCCAAAAUUAGUGCUCAACUUGAUACUGUUCCAAGUACAGGCCAUAGCAAACAGUCGAAGCUUGAGAUGGUUGCUCCAGAAGAAGAACUUGACAUGCUUCUUAAUUCACUUGGUGGGACUCACCUUUCUAGCUCCAAUGUAGAUGAGUCGUUUGGAAACCAUUCAACUUUGGAACAUAUGGAGAUCAACAAAUCAAAUGAGAAUGUCACGUCUGGCACCUCGUCCAAAUUGCCGCCACUUUCAGCUCUUGAUGAUGAUCUAGAUACCUUGCUUUCCUUACCUGUCCAGAAUGAAGGUUUUGCCGCAUCAAGCUUAAAUUCUCAACCAACUUUUGACUCUGACAACAACAUUGACUUCAUACAUGCCAAGCAGAUUGAUGUAACCUCUAUUGAUGAUUCAGUGGAUGAUUUGCUUGCAGACUUCCCGGUCUGCUUGAAUGACAAGAAACAAACUACACCUGCACAGGCACAGCAGAACAGCUCAAAUUCCCAUGUGCCUCAUUCUGGUUCCUCAAAUGUCUCGGAUGAUUUUGAUUCAUGGUUUGAUUCGUUGCAGAAAUAGAAGAAACACUUUUGAAGGUAAAGAGCUGUCAGUUAGCUUCAGGGAUCCUUUAUCCGGAGACAAAGACCUACUGACUUUUGUUCACUUCAUGUAUCUAAGUAGCAAACCUUUCAGAAAGCUGUUUUUCAAAGCUCCCAUGUACCCGUCGGUAUGGAGAGACAUGGAGAUACUGAACUGGGUAUGACAGUCUAAACCUGCUUCCAUGUGUUUCACUCGCCAUCAUCCGCAUGUGUUGAUUUGGCGCUAGGUCUGUGUCAUACUGACCAGGAGUACAGAAGACUGACUUGCUGUGAAAUCUCAAACUGUCAAUCUGUACCUUCAUGAUCUGUACUUAGUCACAUCUUUGUAGUAUGUUGAAUUGUUAACUGGUUGAAAUUCUAACCGAAACAAAGCUAGUGCACUGUAUGCACUUUUCUGUUGCA